AUAAUAUUUUACUUUUUUAAAAUUUUACAGUUUAUUAACACGAAUAGUAUUAUAAAAUCUUCCGAAUAUUAUAAAUAUAUAAAUAUAGUUUUUAAAGAUAAGUUCGGCGCUAUAUAUAUCGAUUUUCCUAAUUUCUAUAAUAUUUUUAUUAAUUGGGUAGCGGGUUUAAAAAUAAUAUUAGAGGCUAUUUUUAAUAAGUAUAUAGAAGGUAGCGAAUUAUUUUUUUAUAAUAGUUAG